AUGGCUUCUCCAGGCCCUUCUAAGGGCCCCCUUUCAUCGCUGCAGGAUGCACCCCACGUCGCGACAGUCAAGGAGGUGUUGAAUUACCACCAGACCAGUUUGGAUGUUGGUCUUUCCAGCGAGGUCGCAGCUGAACGCCUCGAGCACUUUGGGCCUAACGAAUUGAAGCAUGAGGAGGGAAAGAGCCUUCUACAACUCAUUCUUGAGCAGUUUCAAGACCUCCUUGUCAGGAUCUUGCUAGCGGCUGCAGUCGUCAGUUUCAUUUUAGCGCUGGUGGAUGGGGGAGAGGGGGGUCUCGCAGCAUACGUUGAACCUGUCGUGAUUCUGAUCAUUCUCAUCCUCAAUGCGGCUGUAGGCGUCUGGCAGGAGUCGAAUGCAGAAAAGGCCCUGGUGGCUUUAAAGCAGUUGCAGCCACAGCUAGCACGUGUUUGUCGGUCUGGCACUUGGCGCUGUGUAUCUGCUACAACAUUGGUGCCUGGCGAUCUCGUGGAUCUCAGAUGCGGAGAUAAGGUUCCGGCAGAUUGUCGUGUAGUUGAACUGAAGACCGCUUCCUUCAGAGUCGAGCAAAGCCAGCUUACUGGGGAGAGUAUUGCUGUCCUCAAGGAUGCCGAGGCCUUGCCUGCGUCUCUGCAUGACUGCGAGAUUCAAUCUCAGCGUUGCAUUUGUUUCAGCAGUACAACAGUGGCUCGCGGGAGAGCGCUGGCGGUAGUCGUGAGAACAGGGAUGGAAACGCAGAUAGGCUUAAUCCAGGCUGCAGUGCAUGAGGCGGGGGAAGCCGAUGAAGCGCAGAGUCCUCUGCAGCAGAAGCUCGAUGAAUUUGGGGAGGCGCUCAGCAAAGUGAUCUGCGCUGUGUGCAUCAUUGUGUGGCUCAUCAAUAUCGGGCAUUUCAGUGACGCGGUUCACGGGAGUGCCUUGCGAGGCUGCAUCUAUUAUUUCAAGAUUGCCGUGGCAUUGGCAGUUGCUGCUAUCCCAGAGGGCCUUCCGGCAGUGAUUACGACUUGUCUUGCGCUUGGCACUCGAAAGAUGGCGAAGAAGAACGCGAUUGUGCGCAGGCUGCAGAGUGUAGAGACCCUCGGAUGUACGACAGUUAUCUGUUCUGACAAGACAGGCACGCUUACGACGAAUGAAAUGACAUGCGUUCGCUUUUGCGUCGUUGGCAGCAAUGCAACCGAGGUAGACGUAUUUAGGGUAGAUGGAACAGGAUUUUCCGCGAAUGGGUGUGUCUCGAGAGAGACUGGCUCCAAGGGGAAGGGCUCGCAAUGCCUCGCAGAGCACCAGGCAGUGCUGUCGUGGCUUUGCCGCUGCGCAUGCACCUGCAAUGAGGCACACCUCAAUCUUCUUCCCGAGGCUCAUGAAGGCCGUCACUACGAACGGAUGGGGGAGCCUACGGAAGCGGCACUUCUUGUUCUUGUAGAAAAACUUGGGCUUUUCUCGGAGGCGCAGCGUAGCGCCAACGGCAAGCUUGAGCAGCGCAGCUUUGCCUGUCCUACACCCUUCUGCGAUUACUGGAAAGGCGAGUAUAAGGAUCUGGCCACGCUGGAGUUCAGUCGCGAUAGGAAGAGCAUGAGUGUCUUAUCACGGAACGUGCAGACAGGCACGAACCACCUCUUCGUCAAGGGUGCCCCGGAGAGUUUGCUUACAAGAUGCGAUACGAUGAUGCUUCCGAACGGCAACAUAGUGCCUCUAAACGUUGCUGCGCAUGCCAACAUCCUCGCUGACGUUGCGGGCAUGGCACGUGGAGCGCUUCGCACUCUCGCGUUGGCUGUCCGUACAGACACGGGGCCCCUAGCGAUGUAUGGCGAGAAUACAGAGCAGCAUGCUGCUGCUCGCGCGCUGCUCGAUGACCAGUCGAGCUAUGCAUCUCUUGAGAGCAACCUCUGCUUGCUUGGCGUUGUGGGUUUGUUCGAUCCGCCGAGGCCAGAAGUCGGCACUUCCAUUCUUCAGUGCAGGGACGCUGGCAUCCGUGUGGUAAUGAUCACGGGAGACAACAAAGACACGGCGGAGGCUGUCGCUGACCUGGUGCAUAUUCGAGAAGGCUGUGAUAAGACUUUUCCUUCGUACACGGGGAAGGAGUUCGAGAAUCUGACACCCGCCCAGAAGAUGCAAGUCCUUUCACACCCGAGUGGUGCAAUCUUCUCGCGGACGGAGCCGAAACACAAACAGCUCAUCGUAAAGCUGCUGAAGGAGCUAGGGGAAACAACGGCGAUGACUGGCGACGGUGUGAAUGAUGCGCCAGCUCUGAAACAGGCAGAUAUUGGUGUGGCUAUGGGGAUAGCUGGCACGGAGGUGGCUAAGGAAGCUUCCGACAUGGUCUUGGCAGACGACAACUUUAGCACGAUUGUAGCGGCAGUCGAGGAGGGCAGAUCCAUCUACAACAACAUGAAGGCGUUUAUCCGUUACCUAAUCAGCAGCAACAUUGGAGAAGUCGCUUCCAUUUUUAUGACUGCCGCUCUCGGAGUUCCUGAAGGCCUUACUCCCGUGCAGCUUUUGUGGGUGAACCUCGUGACGGAUGGACCUCCUGCCACUGCCUUGGGCUUCAAUCCCGCAGAUGACGACGUCAUGAAGCGGCCCCCCAGACACCGCGAUGAUCGCCUGAUCAGCACCUGGAUCUUUCUUCGAUAUCUGAUGGUUGGAAUUUAUGUAGGCUUCGCCACAGUCGGCAUUUUCGUGUGGUGGUAUGUCUUCGGAACGGAUCCAGCAGAAGCACACACCCUCAUCACCCUGCCUCAGCUAAUGGCGUGGGGUCGGUGCUCUUCUUGGAAGGACUUCAACCCUCUCCCUGUUUAUGGGAUGGCUGAUAACGAACCCUGCUCCUACUUCACGCUUGGAAAGGCGAAGGCGAGCACCUUGAGUUUGACGGUGUUGGUCGUUAUCGAAAUGUUCAAUGCCUUCAACGCCCUCUCAGAGAACCAUUCUCUGUUUCGCAUGCCUCCCUGGAACCGUGUCUUCGGCGUCGUUGAACUCACCGCAAUGGACUGGGUGUACGUGCUGCUGUGGUCUUUCCCCAUCGUCAUCCUCGAUGAGUUCCUAAAGUUUUUGGGUCGGCGGCAUUUUGCACAGCAACGCGUCGCUGCACUCAAAGAGCGCAAGACAGAAUGA